AUGGACAUGCUAAUGAAGUUGUUGCCCUACAUGGAUAAACACCUUGCCCUGGGUCUGCUGAACCACUACGCGCAGAACGGCGAGGAUGUGCAAGAUUCUAUGAUAAAGCUGAUCGAGACGACCGGACUGAAUGCUGAUGGCAGCAUCAAGGCAGAGACGGAGGAGAUGAUGGCCAAAGCGACCGCAGCCGCCCAACCGGCGCUGAAGGAGUUCUUCGACCCAUCUGAGGACGACCACUCCACGUACCAGUUUAAGCUUACUGAGACCGAGAUAGGCGAGCGUCGUACGCAGGGUGAGCUGUCGCAUGAGUUCCUUUCCGAGAAAAAGGGCAUCACGGCGGCGGUCAUGAAUGCUGUGUACAGGCUUGCAUACCUCUACUACGACACUGGUGCCUACGGCGACGCCUCAGAGCUGCUGGCGCUGUGCCAGUGUGUGAGUGGCUACGACAGCCUCCGCUCAGAUACGAUUUUGUGGGGUAAGCUGAUGAGUGACAUCGGGGCUGUCAACUGGCAGUCGGCAAUGCGUAUCGCGGAGGAGAUUCGGCGCCUGCACAACGCCAGCGAGGAGGACCUCUUCGGUGCCCCGAACACCACCACGGUACGUGCGCGCGUGUGGUUGCUGCACUGGGUGCUCUUCCCGUUCUUCAAGGGCGGUCUGCAGUACUCGUUGCAGCUGCUGUACUUUAUCUUCGAUCACCGCCACGAUCAGACGUACCGCAAGACCGUUGAGACGGUAUGCCCGCACUACCUACGGUACAUCUGCGCGGCUGUCCUCCUGCACCGGAGUCGUUACAGCAACUUUGUUAGUGCCGCAGAGCUGGUGGAGUCCAUCUACGAGUACUCGGACGCCAUUACCCAGCUGGUGAACCUCAUUCAGAAGGCGUCCUUCGAGGACGCCAUAGCGCUUCUGCCGGAGGUGCGGCGUGUGAUCAGGGAGGACUACUUCCUUGCCGACUACGAGGAAGAGCUCAUUGAGAACGCAAAGCGCAUGAUCUUCAGCAAGUACAUGUCACUGCACUCCGUUGUCUCCAUCUCCUACGUGGCGGAGCAGCUGGACAUGUCCAAGGCGGAUGCCGAGGUAUGGUUGGUCAACCUUAUCAGCGAGUCCGUGAAGCACCGCGCGAAGAUCGACUCAGUGAACGAGCAGCUGAACGUGGAGCCGCAGACGCGUUCGCUGGAGUCGCUCAUCUACGACAAGCUGGACGCCGUUCUACGUUAA